GUGGCCAUGGCGGCCGGAGUCGCAGCCUGGCUGCCCUUCGCCCGGGCUGCGGCCAUCGGGUGGAUGCCGGUGGCCAACUGCCCCAUGCCCCUGGCCCCGGCCGACAAGAACAAGCGGCAGGAUGAACUGAUCGUCCUCAACGUGAGCGGGCGGAGGUUCCAGACCUGGAGGACCACGCUGGAGCGCUACCCGGACACGCUGCUGGGCAGCACGGAGAAGGAGUUCUUCUUCAACGAGGACACCAAGGAGUACUUCUUCGACCGCGACCCGGAGGUGUUCCGCUGCGUGCUCAACUUCUACCGCACCGGCAAGCUGCACUACCCGCGCUACGAGUGCAUCUCGGCCUACGACGACGAGCUGGCUUUCUACGGCAUCCUGCCCGAGAUCAUCGGCGACUGCUGCUACGAGGAGUACAAGGACCGCAAGAGGGAGAACGCCGAGCGGCUCAUGGACGACAACGACUCGGAGAACAACCAGGAGUCCAUGCCCUCGCUCAGCUUCCGCCAGACCAUGUGGCGGGCCUUCGAGAACCCGCACACCAGCACGCUGGCCCUGGUCUUCUACUACGUGACUGGCUUCUUCAUCGCCGUCUCGGUCAUCACCAACGUGGUGGAGACGGUGCCGUGCGGCACGGUCCCGGGCAGCAAGGAGCUGCCGUGCGGGGAGCGCUACUCGGUGGCCUUCUUCUGCCUGGACACGGCCUGCGUCAUGAUCUUCACGGUGGAGUACCUGCUCCGGCUCUUCGCCGCGCCCAGCCGCUACCGCUUCAUCCGCAGCGUGAUGAGCAUCAUCGACGUGGUGGCCAUCAUGCCCUACUACAUCGGCCUGGUCAUGACCGACAACGAGGACGUGUCCGGGGCCUUUGUCACGCUCCGCGUCUUCCGCGUCUUCCGGAUUUUCAAGUUCUCGCGCCACUCCCAGGGCUUGCGGAUCCUGGGCUACACACUGAAGAGCUGUGCCUCUGAACUCGGCUUUCUCCUCUUCUCCCUCACCAUGGCCAUCAUCAUCUUUGCCACUGUGAUGUUUUAUGCCGAGAAGGGCUCCUCGGCCAGCAAGUUCACGAGCAUCCCUGCUUCUUUUUGGUACACCAUUGUCACCAUGACCACACUGGGGUAAGUCAGCCCUCGUGCGCAAGAC